CUCUCCAGUUGUCUUUGUGUGGAGCAGCGCUUGAAUCGUCGCGGUGUGGAAAACCGGUGCGGGGACAAGGGAUUCAUACGGGUCAGCAUGGCCAUGAUGGUCCGAAUGGCGUCAGGUCCCGCUCCGGCCGCUGCUGACCCCACCCCGGGGUAAGCGGGGCCUUUGGGGCGUGGAGAUUCGACCCGCAGCCGCCACCUGCUCCAACUUGCAGUUCGUUUGCAGAUUGAUCUGGUCCGCACUCUGGGCGAGAGCGCAGCGAUGGGGAUGAGCGGAGCCAUUCUGUGGGGGUCCAUCGACUUCUCCAGAACCACGGAAAACUGCCAGGCCGUGAAGGACCAGGUGCAUAAUGUGUUGGGGCCGUACAUCCUGAACCUGACCGCGAGUGUGCGGUUCUGCAGCCGGACGCUGUGCUCCAACCACGGCCGCUGCUACCGCCGCAACGCCGACGAGGAUGUUUUCCUGCACUUGAACAGCAAGUCGUUCCGCAUCGUGAAGCGCAAACGGCGCACCGACAAGGUUCACAUCAAGGGCCGGCCCAGUCUGUCGGACAAGAGGAAUUACAAAGCCCACUUCCAGUGUCAGUGUUACCGGGGCUGGAACGGCACCCGAUGCACCCGCUACAAAAAGCCCAUCGACUCCUGCGGAGCCAAGACCUCCCCGCUCACACUUGUCCUCGUCCUGCUCCUGAGCCUUCUCCUCAUAUGAUAGAUGUAGUUCCUGUCCAAAAUAAAAACAAUAUCCUGAAACUCACCCUGCUCACUUCACUUCUGUGUGUUUGGUCUUGUGGCACAGAGGCUCACUCACAACACAGAUCUGGCCCAUCGGCCC